GUAAAUAUGAAAGUCUUCAUUCGAGCAUCAGGGUCUUCCAACAUCACUAUUUUACCCAAACUAAAAGUUCUGAAUGAAACAGUUCCCACAAACACAUCAGGGGGAAGUGUGAACGCUCAACCUGCUGGUUAUUAUUACCAGGGGAUUUGGCGAGCACUAGAUGGCACCACAGUUCACCAGCUUACUAACAACUCUGCAAUUAGCCAGUGUUUGAGUGGCAAGGUGCUCCACCUGUAUGGAGACUCCACCAUCAGGCAGUGGUUUGAAUAUUUAAUCUCAGCAGCACCAGAUCUAAAGAAGUUUGACCUGAAAAGUCGAACGCAGACAGGACCUUUUAUGGCCUUGAAUUACGCUAAGAACAUCUUGGUGACGUUCCGCUGCCACGCUCCUCCCAUCCGUUUCGGUAACUUGCCGGUCAGUCAGGCACGAUACAUUGCCAACGAACUGGAUGGUUUGGUUGGAGGUGAAAACACGGCUAUAGUUAUUGGAGUUUGGUCGCACUUCAGCACUUUCCCUGUUGAGGUCUACAUCCGGCGCCUGCUGAGCAUACGGAGGGCAGUGGAGCGGCUGCUGACCAGAGCUCCAGGUACGCUGGUCAUCAUCAGGACCGCGAACCCCAAAGCGCUGUCCCUCUACGAGACUCUGACCAACAGUGACUGGUUUUCUAUUCAACGUGACAAAAUACUCAGGACAAUAUUUAAAGGGGUGAAUGUCCGAUUUGUGGAUGCCUGGGAGAUGACCUUGGCCCACUACCUGCCACACAACCUCCAUCCACAGCGUCCCAUAAUAAGUAACAUGCUAAAUGUUGUUUUAUCACACAUAUGUUCCCCAGCAGGGAACUUUACAGAAACAAAAAAGUUGUAG